AACGUAAGAACUUUUCUUCCUCCCUUAACUUUGCUUCCUUCUUUCCUGCAUGUUACCACUGGCAGAGCAAACAUGACUCAGAAACCGGCUCCUCAGGGUUGUAACAUUAGAUGAUACAGGCUUGGAUCAUUACACAUGACACCAGGGCCUUUGUUUCAUUGUGCUGGGGCUCUCUGGAAGGUGUGCUGCUGCCUGAGCUGCUAGAAAAGCACUCACAGGUAUUUGCUAGAAAAGCAUUCCUGGAGCUUGCCACCAGCUUGGACUUCUAGGGACAUUCCUCUCAGCCAGGAAGGAUUUUGAUAUUCAAUAGAAAUACCUCUGGAAGAUUCAAGGAGCUGUAGAGGUGAAGUAAGCCUGUGAAGGACCAACAUGGGAAUCCUAUACUCUGAGCCCAUCUGCCAAGCAGCCUAUCAGAAUGACUUUGGACAAGUGUGGCGGUGGGUGAAAGAAGACAACAGCUACGCCAAUGUUCAAGACGGCUUUAAUGGAGACACUCCCCUGAUCUGUGCUUGCAGGCGAGGCCAUGUGAGAAUUGUUUCCUUCCUUUUAAGAAGAAAUGCUAAUGUCAACCUCAAAAACCAGAAAGAGAGAACCUGCUUGCAUUAUGCUGUGAAGAAAAAAUUUACCUUCAUUGAUUAUCUACUUAUUAUCCUCUUAAUGCCUGUUCUGCUCAUUGGGUAUUUCCUCAUGGUAUCAAAGACAAAGCAGAAUGAGGCUCUUGUACGAAUGCUACUUAAUGCUGGCGUUGAAGUUAAUGCUACAGACUGUUAUGGCUGUACCGCGUUACAUUAUGCCUGUGAGAUGAAAAACCAGUCUCUUAUUCCUCUGCUCCUGGAAGCCCAUGCAGACCCCACAAUAAAGAAUAAGCAUGGUGAGAGCUCACUGGAUAUUGCACGGAGAUUAAAAUUUUCCCAGAUUGAAUUAAUGCUACGGAAAGCAUCGUAAUCCUUGCGACCACGCCGAUGGAGAUAUAGACAAAGACUGGAUUCUAUCUUCACUUUAGACUGUUGGUCCAUGGGCCACCUGGCUGUCACCAUUUUAUGGGGAUAAGGAUGAUUAUCUUGGUUAAUGUUUCAGAAGAGCUUUUUAUCUACAGCAUUGUUUUCUCAAUCAAGGUCACCAUGGCCAUAAUCCCUCUAAGUGAAACACUAAAGUUGUUGCUGUCUCCACUUCAGUCAGAAACUGAUGUUUCAGCUAGGCACAGUGGUACAUGCCUGUAAUCCCAGCUACUUGGGAGGCUGAGGUGGGAGGAUCACUUGAACUCAGGAGUUUGAGAGCAGCCUGGGCAACAGUGAGACCCUGUCUCAAAAAAAAAAAAAAAAAAAAAAAAAAAAAAAAAAAAAAAGCCCUCAUGUUCCAAAUGCAGUCUUUCCUGAAGAAGAGUAUCAAAGUUAUCUUCUGAGACAGUGUUCUCUCUUCCUAGUUGCAUUACUCUUAUAAAAAGACUGUCCAGUCUGCCAUGCCCUAGGAGAAAAACUGUUCCUCCUGGCGCCCUCUGAGUACUGAGCAGAAGAAUCAAAGUAUUAAAUAUGUACAUUUGUAUAAAAUGGUAUAUGUAUGUGUGUGGGCUUAGAGAUUCACAUGUAAAUAUUCCUUUGAUGAAACAACUCCAAUAAAAACAUCGAGUGUCAGUGGUGAGCAUGUUUACACCACAGAAAUUGGCAAAAUUGAUGAAUCCAAGCAUUUGUUUGUUUGUUUGUUUCCAGAAAGUUGGUUUACCAGCAUACCACUAGAGAUUUUCAUUUACAAAUAAAAGCCAUCUUGGUUUGAGCAAGACUAUGCAACUAUGAAAAUGUUUGUUUAAAAAAAUCUUCAUGAUCUCUUUGUAUAUACAAGGUGAUUACCAAGCUUGUUAGCUUUGUUUAUUUUAUUGAUAAAUGUAAAAUAUUGUUGUAACUUAUUUGGAUAAAGUUCUUCACAAGAAACAGCUAUAUAAUGAGGUAAGAUCUGGAUUAUUUGUCUAAGUGAGAGAUCAUGAAUAUCAAAAUAUCUGUCUCACUUCCUCUGUGAAAUAGGCAGAGUGAAAAAUUCAUUUUAAAAAUAUGAUUGAAUUUUGCAAAUCCAGAAUGAAUCUCAUGUAGCUUCAGACAGAGACUAAGCCAGCCACACUGUAUGUAGUAACAAAUACAGCCUAAGAAUGAAAGAUUUACUGUCCUUGAAAGGUCUAAUGAAAAUCAAAUCCAGCAAUAUAUAUUGAGCUGUGUACAGGCCUUCAAGAAACCUAUAUUAUGAAGGAAAUAGUAGUGUGUAGAUCUAGAUUCUGAAGCCUUUAAAUGUGUCUUAAUAAAUUAAGAUUCACUGGCACUGAGCUGAGCUACCGAGUGAUCCUUAGGGACAGAAAAACCACACAAGUGAACUUCACACACCAGUAUACUUUCAACAAUAUGCUUUUGACACACACUAAUCUUGGAUUUGGUUUCAGAGAUUUGGCCAAUGUAACUUGUAAUACCAAUGUAAUUUACACCUGUCAUCUUUGAAAUUGUGUAAAAGUGGAAGAAUGUUCUGAAGAAAUAAUUCAUGGUUUGCGAAUGAGUUGUGGUGACUGUCCGACAUUAACUUAAAGGAUAAAGUAUACAACAAUUUGUUUCAUCAUGCUCAUGCCAUUAUGCAAUUUUCUUCCUAGCUUUAAAUUUUUGGAGACAGAAAAUUGAGCCAGAAGUUUCUAGCCAUUAGGUCUCCUAGCAACAAGCUGUAAACCCGUCAGCAAGCUUGGACUAGAAUGUAGACAUUGAAACGCAGAUGUCUACUCUAUGUAAUGCAGAAUGCAUUUAUUGGAAAACUCAUCACCAUCCUAUAAAAUUUUCUUCCCUGACCAACUGUAAAACCUGCUCUUAUUCUGAGAGUGCUUAACAUAUGUUUUAUCUAUACUGUAACAUUAAUUUUGUUGUUGUUAAAGCAGCCUUCAGCUUCCUGAGGUAGUGCUAUGUUUCUAUGGCAACAAGGUGAAAAUGUCUAGCUAUUUUUGUCAAAGUCAACAACAAUCCAGAGAUUCCAGACCUCAAUGUCUGUCCCAAUUUGUCAUUUUACUUUAGUGCUCAAAAUAUAUGGCUUAUAGAAAAAAAAAUGUGCUUUAAAGAGAUUUACCUGACUGCCAUGGAGAAUGUCUAGUACUUUCUGGCUGUCAGGUAAAAAUCUACCCUUCAAAAUGAUAGAAUAUAUGAUAGCAUAUAAAACCUCUUUACCCAAUGAGUACUUUAAUUUACUGAAAAAAAUUAAAUACCAGAUUUGGUGCCAAGUGCAGGGAAUCUGAAAAAUGUAUACUAGGUCUCUGCCCUCCCUAAUUCUGCCUUCAUGGGUCCUAGCCCCCUCCCUCAUGAGGUUGUCCUAGACUCAUCAGUAUCGGAUGCUUCACAAUACGGUCUCACACCGUCCCUGGGAAAGAUUGGUCUCCUCCUGCUGCAUCAGAUGGAUGAUUUCAUUGUACAUACGACGAGGAGCAUCCAAACCCCAGAUGAAAUCCACAUGAGCCCAUUCAGGAAUAUUCUUAUGGUAGAUGAGGUUGGUCAUUUCAGAGAGCAGCAUCUUCACGUCUUCUGGAUUUGAAAGCCAGUCCUGACCUCCUGUCCACAUUGCUGUAGGAACCGUCAUAUCUCUGACUCUGUACCUUACAGGAGUUGGCUAAAGAAAAGAAAUAGUUCUUAACUCUAGGUAACAGUUGGACUUUCAGACUCAUAAUUUACAUUUGAAAUAAAUAUAAUAAACGUGCCAUUUGCUGCGGUGAAGGGUACACAGGUGUCAAAGCCACACAGACUCUGUUAAGAAUUUCUGUUCCUCCCCUUAUUUUAAGGUAAAAUUACUUAACAUUAUAGAACCUUAGUUUCUUCUGUGAAUGGAGAUAAUAUCUGUAAUAACUAGCUAGGUCAAGUGAGAAAACACAUAAAAACACGUAAUGCCUUCGUUUUUCUUCUUAUUAAAUAUUUUGUAAAUAAAUUGUUUU